AGGGUUUUCCCGUGGCUAAAAAAGGGUUUUUUUUUCUUUUUUGUUUGCAAUGGCAAGGAGUUUACAUUCCUGACUGAAGAUUUAAUGGAUUUUUAAGAGUGGAGUUAUUCUUAUCAAAUUUCAGUUCUGCUAUAAAUACCUUUCUAGGGUUGUGACGUUUCUAUUUUACUGCAAUAUCUACAUUAUGAGCUGCGUAAAACAUGUUGCUAUUUACGCACUUUUUUCCAGUAUAUAAAUCUGCACACAUCUGAAUUGAAUGAGCAAAUUAUAUCUCUGAAUUGGGAUGCUUGAUGAAGAAAGCAGUUUAUUCGGGUCUGAAGACGAGGAUGAUGACGAAAGGCGGAGGGAUGAUCCGGAAGACAAGAAGUACCUCUUUCGGAAGGAGUUUCGCACUAUGAUUUAUGGUUUUGGCGAUGACAAGGUACCCUACGAUAAAACCCUGGAACUUUUGGAAACGAUUGUAACGAACUACAUACAGCACAUGUGUCAGCGCGCUUUACAAAUGGGCAAACCGGGCAAAUUAGCUCUUGAGGAUAUACAUUACCUGAUUCGACGGGAUGUUAAAAAAUUUGGCCGUGUCAAGGAUUUACUGUCAAUGAGUGAGGAACUGAAAAAAGCUAGGAAGCAGUUUGAUGAAGCAAAGGCAAUAUAAAUUUUUUUAUUACGGGGAAAUUCUUAAAAGCUAGGUGAACCAAAGCAGGUAAACAGUUUAAAAAGAUAUAAACCUAAAAGUUGUGAGGCACACUGCUA